GUGACCGGCAUUAGGUAUUGCUCCAAAAAUAAACAUCUGCUGAGCAACCUCUCCUUCAGUAGCUGAAAACCGAGCCUUCACCCGGUAUUCCAAGAUGGCGGUUCAACUGUGCUUUCAGCGAUUUCGUUCCACACUCCUGAAACUACAUGUGGACAAGGUUUACUUACAUUCAAAAGCGUUCUCUUUGGAAAACAAAGGUUAUGCUUUAGUUAGAAGACCACUAUCUCUUUGUUCUGGGUGGAUGACGAGAACCUUCUGCUCCGAAAGAGGUAGAGAUUCGCCGGAUGACGACGAAGUGUACAGGAAAAUGAGGUCUUCGGUUGUGUCCAUAACUCAAGGACCUUUUGGAUGGAUCGCAAAGAAUGCGAAUCUCUGGGCUUUUAAGACCUUUUACGAUCGUGAAUUUGAAGAGAAGGAAUUUCUACGGGGGGCCAAGCAAGCACUGUGUGUUGUCUCAGACCUACUCAACAAGAGGAGUUUCGGCGAAUUGGAGGGAAUACUGUCCGAUGAGUUGACCAGCUCUAUAAGAAAUGGCAAAGACACUGAAAACCUGGGACCAGUUGUGACAAUGAAGCAGAUAAUAUCAGCAAACAUACAGAAAGUACAACUUGGGUUUGUUGACAACGAAAUAAGCUAUGAGAAAGCAGUCGUAGAUAUCAAGGUUGCUUACAUGUUUGCGUCAAACAAGGACAAUGGAGAUGACGUUUUUAAAAGACAGUUCGGAAACAUUAAGAUAAUCACAGCCCCUAUCCCUAGGAUGGUGUAUUACACAUUCAGAAGAUUUGUUUUACCUGAUUCAGCAAGUAAUUGGAAAGUGAGGUACAUUUCCUAUGUGCAACCCAUGAAAUUCAAUGACUUGUAGCCAAAUAUGAUACUUCAUCUGGAAAGAUUUGAAGACAAGAGCUUUUAUUUCACUGCAAGCCUAAGGUAGUAAGAUGUCACAGUCAUUAUCUGGGUGUCAUGCCCAAUAGUAGGUACAUGUAUCUAAUUGUCUUAAACUUGUUGUUCAUGUUUUACAGGUUUUGUGUCUUUUUCUGUUAUUUACUUGAUAAUUUUUAAUUCAGGAGUACAGGUGUGAGUAUAGGUGUUGGAAAUAAAUGAUAACUUCUGAUAAAGUGAGUUCUUAAUUUUGAAGCUUGGUGCUUACAGGAUGGCAGACUGUAUUUUGCUAACUUAUCAGUAGAACGCAGACUAGUAAAACGCAGAUUAUCACCUGCAUCCUGAAAACUACUUCUUCUCUUACAUGUAUUGUUCCUGGUCAAUUUAGGGCGGCAAAGUGAUUACUGCUAUGCUACUAGAUUAUAUCUUCCUUUUGGCCUCUCUGAGAUCUAUUCUUAUGUUUGUUUUCUAAUGCAAAUGAUUGAAAUCACUAGAAUACCGAAUCUGUUGUUUAUUUUUCUUCUGUCAUCUUAAUGCCGACGCUACAAUGAGACUUCAGAUGGUACUCUGGCCUGAUCUUCUUCCGGUGUUUUAAGCUAGCAAAGAAAGAUGUUAAGCACAAAAUGUUUCCGUUAGUUGUUUCUCUUCUUGUUAUUUUGUUGAUGAUUAUAAAAAGAAAAUAAAGGAUAAGCAGCCUUUGAAGAUAUGAAAAUGACUCAAUAAAACCAUUACAGACAAA